CUCCAUGUAAGGCGGCUUUGCCGCAUAAUGUUGGGCGACGAUAACAUCAGAGUUAGCAGUAGUCUGCUUCAGCUGAGAAUUUCCAUUUUUGCAAUUGCACAACCCCAAAAAUGGUUUCAACCAAUACUACGAACAACGCGCAGCGUCGGUCGAUGCUUCCUGUCGUAUCACACCCGUUGUGCGUUGUCUUGUGUGGAGUAGAGCCUGCACUCGGAAAUGGCUUCUGACAAAUACCUUACCGAAGGCCCGCGCUACGAAGACCAAUCCAGGCACAUCUGCUGAUCCGUAAAUACUGGCGAAUGACGAAUUCUCCGACCCUCUCUUCGAAGGUGGUGCUACCUUCAUCGGUGUGGGUGGUGUGCCGGUGGCCGAUUGUAGCACCUCGGGCGGCCGGAUAAGGUACUUGAACGUACCCUCAUAUUCCAAGAAUGGCAGUUCAUGUCAGACUUGCGAGUGUCAAUUGCAGACUGUCCGAGGAAAGAGGAGGUGUGUCCGGAACCAAGGCGUCAGCCCUAAAUGCAGCUCCCUACAUGGCUUCGCGUCCGAAGUGCAGAAGUGCGAAUGUAUUGCCCUCACGCCACUGACUCGACUUUUGGGGGCGGGGGCGACCGCCUGAUCGCGACAAUAUUCUGAAAAGCUGUGGAAGAAGGGGAUACAGGGGAUGUGCGUGCUCGUACAAGUCAGGUCUCGCUAUGGAGGUUACCGAACGCUCAAAUAAAUUCCUAGAAAAGGCAAUUUUCGUCAUGAACUCGUCUCUGGCUCUUGAACCAUGCGUGGACGUUCCGCAUGUGCCCAGGCAAGUGGUUGAUGACGGCCACAGUAGACGCCACACAGACACGGCUGCAAAUCGUCAAAAUUUGUAGCCAUUGGCAGACAAUAGACAUACAGCCUUUCGGCGUUGGCAACGGCACAGACAGUGUCAAACGUGUGUAAUGGCGGCACGGCCUGAUGAAGUGGUUUAGGAGUCUCUUGGUGCAAGGUGACUGGCGCAGAACGCGACGCGCACAGGUAUCUCUGGUUCUAGACUUCGAGGGUGGCCAAACCGUGCUAGAGAAGCAGUACUUUACGCCGAAGGCGCAGAGACUCCUUUUCUCGAGCGCCACAGCUUACUGUGCCGAGCCACAAUUCGGUCGGUUAUUCCCAUUGAGCGAGUCCCAUAAGGCUGCAUAUUUAUAUUUCGACCUUCUUGAUUGUGAUUGGUCGAGAUUGGUAAAGAAAGCCGACCCCUGUUUGCUGACAAGUUGCGGGAAUGAAUCGAAGUGGAAAUCCGCAAGGGGGGCAUGUCCACCUGCUUUGACGGAAGAAGUAUGGUUUACGAGCGGGACAUCCGUUGUUCAGAAUAACCGCGUCCUUGGGGCGAAGAACUUGGAGCUAGAAUUGAGCCUCAACGGUGACACGUUGUGCUUCUCUCCACAUGAGCCGUCGCUGAUCACGAUGCUGAUGGGCAACCCAUGAG